CGUCUGGUAUCUGUAAAAACAGCUCCUCCCAGUGGAGAGGUGUGGUAAUGACUGGAAAGUUCCUGAAGACUCUGGAGCUCCUCCAGUUAGAAUAUAAAAGCGUGGACAGUCCCACAGCUGAGACAGAAGACAACACAAGAAGAACAGACACUUUAACAGUGUUUCAUCUCACAACAAGAAGAAUCAACUCCAAACCCACACUGAAGAUGCUGUGCUCUCGUGGAUCCCAGUCUGGCCUCAGUCCACUCAUGCUCGUCCACUGGCCUGUGCGCAGUCUGUGGCCAGAGGUUAGACCUCAGCUCUACCAGCAGCAUCUACUGCAGAGACACCUGCAGGAGCUGUGCAGCAGUCUGGAGCUGAUGGACACACUUCAACAGCAGAUCCUGGAGGAGGAGGAGAAGAAGAAGAAGUCUGUCCAAAGCAGUGAGACCAUGCAGCCAGUUUCCUUCCAGCUGGAGAAACAUGGAGACAACUUUGGCCUGAUCCUGAACACUGAAGGCUUUUCUCCAGAGGAGCUGUCUGUCAGGCAGGUGGGCAGGAAGCUGAGAGUCAGCGGCAAGACGGAAAAGAAGCAGGAGGACGGGAACGGCUCCUACUCUUACAGACUCCAGGAGUUCAGACAGGAGUUUGAUCUGCCUCAAGGUGUGAACCCUGAAGCCGUCACCUGCUGCCUGAGUCCAGAUGGGAAGCUCCACAUCCAGGCAGCCAGAGCUCCAUGUGCUGAGGAGGCUGAGAGAGAGCUGAGCAUCCAGAGGAGCACGGAGGAGAAAACACAGCAGAGUGAGUCUUCACACACAGAAGACAACAACAGCAGCAGCAGCAGCAGCAGCUGAGAGGAGCUCAGAGACACACGACAGCAGCACACAGGACAAACCUGGACAAAUGGACUGAUCACAGUGUUACUGUGUCUCUGUCAAACAUCAUGUUUUCAUACUAACGUUACAUAUUGAUGGUGAUGGUGAAUUCUGAUUCUCUGUAUUAAUGAGUAAAUAAGUAAAAUAAUUAUAUGUAAGUCUACGCAAUUGAAGUGAAACUGUUUCCAAUAAUUGUUUGUUUUAUAACAGGAAGUGUGAUCAAUAAAAAUAUAUUUUUUUAAA